GCCCCUCCUUCAUGCUGCAAACACAAACGCAUACCGCUGCCACUUCAUAUUCAUACCUACACACGUGCUAUUUUUUGUUGUUUGCACAUUUUUAACAUGUUUUGAGCCAUUUUUUCACUGUGAAUUGUUGAGAUUGAACAGGCAUAAUCUACAUACUUUAAAUAUGAACACGGCUGAUACGGCUAAGUUGCUCUUUGGAGACACGAAAGAUGAUCUGAGACGACCUGUGAAUAAUUUGGAGGAAAAGUGGAAGUUGGUGCCCGCCUACCUUCAAAUCAAGGGCCUGGUCGCUCCGCACAUCGAUUCUUUCAAUUACUUCGUGGGACAUGAAAUUAAGAAAAUUGUAGAAGCCAACAACAGGGUCAUGUCCGACCAUGAUCCCAACUUCUACCUGCAGUAUGAGGAUGUUAGAGUGGGAGAGCCGCGCAUUGAAGAGGUUGGUCCCGACGAAGGACGACCCGCCACACCGCACGAGUGCAGACUGAGGGACAUGACUUACGCUGCCCCUAUUUAUUGCGACAUCAGGUACGUUUCUGGACACGAGACACACGCUAAGAAGAAUGUGUGCAUUGGACGACUGCCCAUCAUGCUCAAGAGUGACAAGUGCGUCUUGAAUGGCAAAUCUGAGGCAGAAUUAGCCAAGCUUGGCGAGUGCCCACUCGACCCUGGUGGCUAUUUCAUUGUUCGAGGACAGGAAAAGGUUGUCUUGAUGCACGAACAAGCUUCUAAAAACAGAGCUAUGCUGGAGAAAACAAAGCAGGGAUUUAUUUGCUCUGUUGUGGCCGCAACCCAUGGCACCAAGGCCCGAACAGCAGUCGAAGUGAAAAAAGGUCGCUUCUACGUGGCUUGCAGCCCUUUCUCUGAGCCCCUUCCUUUCGUUAUCGUGGUCAAGGCUCUAGGGAACUUUGCAGACAUUGACAUCGUCCGGCUUGUAGGUACUGAGCCCCAUGUGCAGGAAGCUUUGUCAGCCUCUCUCUGGGAGUGCAAAAGAGCUGGAGUCUUCACAGAGCAGCAGGCUAUUGCUUAUUGCGCUUCCAGACUGAAGACCAAGAGAUUUGGUGGCUCUAGAAGACCGCCAGAGGAGGAAGCCUUGAGUCAUCUGAAAAAUGUUUUGCUUUCGCAGGUGCCGGUUGAGAAAGACAACGCAUACAUGAAAGUACUGUACCUGGGACAAAUGGUUCGGCGCAUCAUCCUUGCUGAGACAGACCCAACCUGGAUAGACAGCCGAGACUACUAUGGCAACAAGCGUAUUGAAUUGGCUGGUUCACUAUUGGCGCUCAUGUUUGAAGACACUUUUAAGUUCCUUAACACGGAUCUCAAGACCACAGCAAAUCAUCAUCUAACCAAAAUAAAAGCAUCCCAAUUUGAUAUCUCACGCCACAUUAGAGAAGACAAAGUAACAAAUGGGAUUGAGACGGCUUUGAGCUCUGGAAAUUGGAACAUCAAACGAUUCAGGAUGGCACGUAAAGGUGUCACUGGAAUUUUGAGCCGACUUUCCUACAUCUCGGCUUUAGGAAUGAUGAUGAGAAUCAACUCACAAUUUGAAAAGACGCGUAAAGUGUCGGGUCCAAGAUCUCUCCAGCCGUCGCAAUGGGGCAUUCUUUGUCCAUCUGACACUCCUGAAGGAGAAUCUUGUGGUCUGGUGAAGAACCUGGCCUUGAUGGCUCAUGUGACAACUGCUGCUGAAGAAGAAUAUCUGGUUAAAGCCUUGUGUAACAUGGGUGUGCAGCAUCUUGGAAUAGCAGGCACAGAGGGAAUAUACCAGGCAGACUCUUAUCUAGUCUUCCUCAAUGGAAACAUAAUUGGCUUGACAAACUGCCACAAGGAGCUCCUGAGGAAUUUCAGGGAGAACCGUCGGCGCCGCUUUAUCCGUCCUUACGUGUCCAUCGCUGCCUCUGAGAGCCACCGUCAGGUGCACAUCAGUGCUGAUGCUGGACGACUAUGCCGACCUUACAUUGUAGUUGAAAAUAGCCAGUCCUUGGUGAAGCAACACCACUUGGAGGCGCUCAAGGAGGGUAGCAUGACCUUCAUGGAUUUUGUGGACGAAGGACUGGUUGAGUUCUUGGACGUGAAUGAGGAGAAUGACAGUCUCAUCGCCAUCCAAGUGUCUGAAAUCACUAAGGACACUACUCAUUUAGAGAUCGAACCAUUCACAAUUCUUGGGGCUGUGGCUGCUGUGAUUCCUUACCCCCACCACAACCAAUCGCCCAGGAACACCUAUCAAUGCGCCAUGGGCAAACAGGCAAUGGGCACGAUUGGAUACAAUCAGCGAAUCAGACUGGACACUCUGCAGUACAAUAUGGUCCAUCCCCAAUGCCCACUGGUUAAAACUAGACCGAUGGAACUAGUUAGCUACGACCAGUUGCCAGCAGGGCAGAAUGCCAUUGUCGCUGUGAUGAGCUACAGCGGUUUUGACAUUGAAGAUGCCCUCAUUUUGAACAAGGCUUCAGUUGAUAGAGGGUAUGGUCGAGUGGUAGUAUACAAAGGCUACAAAACUUUGCUGAGGCAUUACGCUUCAGGCAGUGACUCGAUCCCAGGCCCAAAGAUAGACCCUUUAACCAGAAAUCCAAUGGCAUUCCAUGCGGCACUGGACAGUGACGGCAUUGCACACCCAGGAGACAUUGUCAAGGAUCGGUCUGUGUUGGUGAACAGGCACACUCCUCAGGGUGAACAAUCAACCAAGACAAAGACCCCUCGAGGAUCCACCUGGUAUGUUGACAAGUCGUUAAUCACCGCUACCAAAGACAAUUCAACUUUGAUCAAGAUUCUCCUACGACAAUCUCGGAUUCCUGAGGUCGGCGACAAAUUUAGCAGUCGUCACGGGCAGAAGGGCGUAGUUGGCUUGAUUGUACCUCAGGAAGACAUGCCUUUCAACGAGCUUGGCAUUUGUCCUGAUGUCAUCAUGAAUCCACAUGGUUUCCCUUCUCGAAUGACAGUUGGAAAGCUGAUUGAACUCCUUGCUGGUAAAGCUGGAUCUUUGGAGGGAAAAUUCCACUAUGGAACAGCAUUUGGCGGUUCAAAAGUUGCAGACGUGAUGAAAGAGCUUGAAAACAAUGGAUUCAACUAUAAAGGAAAGGACUUGCUGUACUCUGGUCUCACAGGAGAACCAAUAGAAGCUUACAUCUACCAUGGACCUGUCUUCUACCAAAGACUGAAGCACAUGGUCAUUGACAAAAUGCAUGCAAGAGCCACAGGAUCAAAAGCUGUUUUGACAAGACAGCCUCUGGAAGGACGAGCAAGAGAUGGUGGACUUCGAGUUGGUGAAAUGGAAAGAGACUGUCUGAUCAGCUACGGAGCCAGCAAUUUGCUUAUUGAGAGACUGAUGUUGGCCAGCGAUGUCGCAUUGAUGGAUGUUUGUGAGAAGUGUGGAUCUUUUGGCUACCAGGGAUGGUGCCAGUUUUGCCGCAGCAGUGAAAAUAUUGCCACUGUCCGAAUGCCUUAUGCCACCAAGUUGUUGUUUUCUGAGUUAAUGGGCAUGAACAUUAACCCAAGACUAGAAAUGAAGCCUCAGGUUGUCUAGUUCUAGAAACUUUGUAAAAUGUCAAGAGUUCAACCCUGACAGUUGGCCAGGCGCAUCCCACCUGCGCGCGGCGUGGCCCUUCAGAUCCUCCUCAGAGAUAUUCCCUUCAGACCCCAAUAAAAUAUGUAUGUUGUGUAUGUUUCACGAAUUAAACAUAAUGCUCUAAGUCUUUAA